UUACAAUACAUACGUAUACGUCGGUCAGUUCAUCAGUUCGUCGGAAAUACAGUGCAACUGUGUGCAAGUAGUCCACAUCGUACACUUGUGUGUGCCUGGACUUAUUAGCCUUCGUCUUCCUCGCCACCGACUAAUCGCUCUGUCCAUUGCACUGUUAUAGCCACACUCCCAGCAUUCAAACCGAGCGUAGCCAACUCGAGGAUGCAACUGCCGACCCAUUCUGCACGGAAAACCGGCAGCAAUGCUCGGUCGCGCCGGGCUGUGCAAUCGAAGGGGCCGUGCUGCCCGUGUUCGCUGCGGAACCUCGCCAUCCUCGCCGUGGUAGCAUGGACCUUCUUCCUCUACCUAGAUUUCUCGGUGAUCAGCGACACGGCGGAGGUGAGCAACGGCGGCGACCCGUGCCGGGGACGGUACAUCUACGUCUACGACCUGCCGCCGCGCUUCAACACCGACAUCAUCCGCGACUGCCGCAAGGCCGGGGGCCGCUGGGGCGACAUGUGCGACUUCCUGAGCAACGCCGGCCUUGGCCGCCCCCUCACCGACGACGGCACGGACGGCGGUGGAGCGGGGUGGUACGACACGCACGAGCUCGCGCUGGACGCCAUCUUCCACAACCGGAUGAAGCAGUACGAGUGCCUGACCAACCGCUCCGCUGCGGCCGCCGCCGUGUUCGUCCCGUUCUACGCCGGCUUCGACUUUCUGCGCCACCAUCGGGAAUACGACAAGGCCACCAGGGACGCCGCGUCGGCGGACCUGUCGUUUUGGCUCACGGUACAGCCCCAGUGGCGGCGCAUGGCGGGGCGUGACCACUUCCUCGUCGCCGGGAGAACAGGGUGGGACUUCCGGAGAAGCGGCGGCGGCGACGUGAACCCGGACCGAGCCAACGGCCUCCUCCUCACGCCGGCCGGCCGGAACAUGUCCCUGCUCGUGCUGGAGUCCACGCUGGAACACGGCACCGACUUCUCCGUGCCGUACCCGACCUACUUCCACCCCAGGUCCGACGCCGACGUGCUCCGGUGGCAGGACAGGGUGCGCGGCCAGCACCGGACGUGGCUCAUGGUGUUCGUGGGUGCGCCGCGGCCGGACGUUCCGAGGAGGACCCAAGUCCGGGAUCGCGUCAUCGCGCAGUGCCAGGCGUCCAGCGCUUGCGCCACGCCGGGGUGCACGCGCAGCCCCGCCGGCAGUGCCCAGUGCCCCAGCGCCGCCGACAUUAUACGGCUAUUCCAGAAGGCCACCUUCUGCCUGCAACCACCUGGCGACGACGACGACGGCUACUUUUACUCCCGCACGCGACGGUCGGUGUUCGACUCGAUGGUGGCCGGCUGCAUCCCGGUGUUCUUCCACGCGGCGUCGGCGUACAAGCAGUACCCGUGGCACCUCCCCAAGGACGACCACCUCAAGUACUCGGUGUUCAUCCCGGACGCCGACGUGAGGCGGCGCAACGUGAGCAUCGAGGCCGUGCUCCGGGCGAUCCCUCCGGCCACGGUGGAACGAAUGCGAGAGGAGGUGAUCAGGCUCAUCCCGACUUUGUUGUACGCCGACCCCAGGUCCAAGCUGGAGACACUCAAGGACGCGGUCGACGUCGCCAUUGACGGGAUCCUAGACACGGUGGCGCGGAUCAAGAACGGCGAGCAAGUUAAUUGUGGCGGACCGGUGGACAAGGAUCCACCGAACCUUUUCGCCGCGACAGCAUCAAGGAUCACGCCGAAUGGAUCGAUGCGAGCAGUUGACCAGCAUCGGUAAUUUUGAACCAGCGAAGGAAUCUGUGUUUUACAGUAGUACAUCUUCGUAUGGUAUACUGAUUAGCAGAGUGGUCCGCUUUGGCACAGCUUCAGUUGUUUCAUCUAGAAAAACAGGUGCAGCCCUAGGAUAGCGGGAGCAACUCCAUGGAUUUUCUAAGGCCUUGUUUAGUUUCCAAAAAUUUUCAA